AAGUUUCAAACUACUUCUCAUUCUUUUGAUUUUUCACUAAAGUGCUGAAUUAAUAAGAAGUGAAACGAUUCCAGUACCGCUUUUGAACAACUAGUACUAGUGCCAGCGCCUCGCGACUAGGAAGAUGAAGAUCAACUUCAAGCCUCUCGGGAAAAAGCUGGAGACCGCCGGGAAAGACAUCGGCAAGUUCGUGAGCAACAAUGUUCCGAAAGGCGGGGACAUCCAGCUUCCGGUGGUGAAGAUUGGGGACAAGGUCGAAAUCAACGUGAAGAUACAAAUCAAGGUGAAAUAACAAGCGCUAGUGCUUCACGACUCCAAUUCUGAUCUGAUUCUUGAAGGAGAGUCAGGAUGGCAACGCAUGGAAUUAUGGCGCAGCUUCUGUAGAAGUUUUCUCCAGCCAAUUUCCUUUAGAAAGAAUCGUAUCACACAGGCCUCUUACUUUGCCUUGCAGCGCAAGGGAGACAGAGAAUGAACAACAAAACGAAUUUUUGCAACU